AACCGACCGAACGGUUCAAUGGUUCAUGUAAUAAAGACAUGGGAGGGGAGAUGCCCAAAUUUACAGUAUAAAGGGAGGGAGGAGAGGGAAGAGAAGCAGAGGCCUCUGUUCUGCCAUGGCGAGGAGCAAGGUGAGGCUGGUGAGGAUCGCCAACGAUGCCAUCCGCCGGGCGACGCUCAAGAAGCGUCUCAAGGGCCUGAUGAAGAAGGUGCGAGAGCUGACGGUGCUCUGCGACGUCGAGGCGGCGGCGGCGGUGUAUGAUCCGCAGCACCCCUUGCGCCCGGCGGUGUGGCCGUCCCGCCGCGACGCCGAGCUCACGUUCCGACGCUUCAGGGACAUGCCGGACAUCCAGCGACGCCGGAAGGUGUCAAGCCACGAGACGUUCCUCCUCGAGCGCGUCGCCAAGCUGCGCGACCAUCUCCGCCGCCUGAUGCGGGCCAACCGCGAGCUCGAGAUGUCGGUGCUCCUACUCGAGGGCCUCUUCGGCCGGAGCCUCCUCGACGUCAGCAUCGAGGACGCCUCCACGCUCUCGCAGCUCGUCGACAACAAGCUCCGGGAGAUCGCCUCGAGGCGGGAGGAGGUCGUCCGGCGACUUUCUAUGGCCCCUCCGCCGCCUCCUCCUCCUCCUCCUCCUCAGGCGGUUCCUACACUUAUCCCUCUACCUCUACAGCACUGCAUCAACUGGCCGCCACUGCCUCCCACUCCUCUUCCGGCGGUUCAUACACUCAUGGCUCCCCCUCUACACCAGAGCAUGAACGGGUCGCUACUGCCUCUUCCACCGCAGCCUCCGGCGGCUCCUAUGCCUUCUCAGAGGAACAUUAACUGCUUGUCGUUCUCAGCCACGACCGCACUCCCAUCAAUUCAAGCUUCAGCGCUGGAGGGCAGUCACAAUCACGCCGCUGCCGCUGCCGCCGCCGGCAACUUCCAGACUAUGGAUGAGUACUCCGGCGCAGCAAUUAACCCAUUCCCGUGGAGUGACUCCUUGUUCUUUUGAUCAAAAUUCUGGCAGCCAUGAUUCCUAAAAGCUCGGGGAUUGAUAAUAAGAACUACCAAAUCAACCAUCUAAUCGAUUAGAAUUAAUCCGCUCUUCAUGUUUCAUCUUUUUUAUUUUUUGGUCAAAUGUGAAAGUCUUAAGAGUCAAAGUGUUAUGAAUUUUCUGGAACUCAUUUGAAUUAUAUAUAUCGAUCUUGUGUAAUGAUAUGCUACG